AUGGCCGGGUGGCAUCGUGCCGAACUUGAGAUGGUUCUAACGAAUGUGAAGCGAUGGGGGCCAACUGCAAGCAAAGGGAACCUCGCAACGCUCUGGAGUCGACUGGGUAAGGCAUCACUUUUGAGGAUCUGCCCGGACCUUGCGGGCUUCAACGCCGCCCUCACUGCCUGCCACUUCGGCCGGCACUUCGCGGAUCCUCCUGCCUUCUACAAGGUGGUAUGUGAGCGGCGGAGCUGCUGGCCCUUCGCGCUGUGCCUGGCGGGGGAGACGUCGGCCUUGGUGGCGGAUGUGGUGACCCGCAAUGCCGCACUCAGUGCAGCCUUCCGUGGCUCCUGGCGACAUGGCCUGGGAACGGCGAGGCGAUUCCAGGCAGAAGGUUUGGAGCCGGACUCCGUGACCUACAACACGGCCGCCCAUGCCCUGUGCAAGAAGGACCAGUGGCAGCUGACGUUGCAGCUGUUGCACGACUCGACUGAAAUAGGACUACGCCCCAGCAAAGUUUCGUUCGCAGCAUUGGCGGCCGUGGCUUGGCGCAGGCGCGACUGGCGCCAGGCACUUUGGCUCCUCCGUCACAUGGAGGAUGAGCAGGUCGAGGCAGAUGCCGUGAGCUGCGCGCUGGCGCUGCGCUGCUUGGAGGGCUGCUGCCGGUGGCCCCAUGCCAUCCUGCUGCUGGAACGACGGGGCUUGGAUGCCACCUGCCUCAAUGUGGCCCUGUCGGCCGUCAGCGCUGGGCCUGAGGCGUGGCCGAGGGGCCUGUGCCUUGUGGCUCGGGCGCUCCAGAGAGGCCCAGCCCCCGACUCUGUGAGCUGUAGUACCAUCGCCAGCGCUUGCGCGCGAGCGACGGCGCCGAGCGCUGCGCUGCGCUUGCUUCGCGAGUUUCAAGCAUUCCGAAUCCGCCUUGGGACAUCUGCCUACAAUGCUGUCCUGGCUAGUGCCAUUGGGGACUGGGCACUCGGAGUGGAGAUCGUCGAGGAGAUGGGCCAGAAGGCUGUGCCGCGAGACGUCAUCACAUGUGGCGCUGCCGUGGCAGCAUUCUCCGUUGACAGCGCGGUGUGGAUGAAGGCGGUGUGCUUCCAGAGGCUUGUCAACACAGCCAUUGUGACUGCCAGCUGCGGCGCCUGCGCCAAUGCGCACGAGUGGUCCCAGGCCGUGGCCCUGCUGGGUCAGCUGCGCCGCAGGAGCCUCCAGGAGGACGAGAAGGCUCAGGGCGCCGCGGUAGCGGCGCGCGAACUCCAAGGCUGGCGGGCGUCGCUAGUGGAGCUGGCGGCACAGGCCGAGCCACAGCUCCCUGCGUGCAAUGCAGCCGUCACCGCAUGCGAACGCACUGCCUGCUGGCAUGCCGCACUCUCCCUCCUGGCAUCUGCGCCAGGUGCGCGGAUGGCACCCGAUGCAAUCUCGGCGAACGCAGGCGUUUCCGCCUGCCGCCUGGCCUGGGCCCGUGCCUUGCAUCUCCUGUCUCAGCAGGCGCAGCUCGAUUCAUCGAGCUCGGAGCUUGUGGCAGUUGCAGCCGAGGCUUCCGGGCAGGGAGCAGCUGUGGCGAGGUUGUUGGAGGAUCUCGAAGGUCGUGUGAUGACAGGCGCACUCCGCCAGAGAGCUGUGUGA